AUGGCAAACGAGGUGAUUCUGUUGGAUAAAUGGGCUAGCAUGUAUGGUAUGAGGGCUAGGAUUGCAUUAGCUGAAAAAGGUAUUAGCUAUGAAUCCAGAGAAGAAGAUUUUAACAAUAAGAGUGAUUUGCUUCUUCAAUCUAACCCUAUUCAUAAGAAGAUUCCGGUUCUUAUCCAUAAUGGUAAAUCCAUUUCUGAAUCUGGAAUUAUUGUCCAGUACAUUGAUGAGGUUUGGAAUGACAAAAAUCCAUUCUUUUCCUCUGAUCCUUAUGAGAGAGCUCAAGCUAGAUUUUGGGUUGAUUACAUUGACAAAAAGGUUUUUGAUACUUGGUUGAAAGUGUGGCUUUCAAAAGGUGAAGAAUAUGAGGAAGCUAAGAAGGAGUUGAUCUCUAUUUUUAAGACACUAGAGGGGACAUUAGGUGACAAGAGUUUUUAUGGUGGUGAGAGUUUUGGGUAUCUUGAUAUUGGUUUGGUUCCUUUUUAUAGCUGGUUUUAUACUUUUGAGAAAUAUGGUAACUUCAAAUUUGAAGUGGAGACUCCUAAACUCGUGGCUUGGGGAAAGAGAUGCGUUGAGAAAGAAAGUGUUUCGAAAUCACUUCCUGAUGAGAAGAAGAUAUAUGAGUAUGUUGUUGCCGGGAAGAAAGCACCUGGGUAUGAAGAUUAGAGAUUUUGGUGAAUCGUAUUAGUCAAUAAUGUUUGUUUGUUAAGUGUGUUAUUGUUGUAGUAAGGUCUUAGUGUUUGGUAGUGUUUUGGUUACUUUAUUAUGUUUUGCUAGAGAAUUUAUGAGUGUGUUGACAUUAUAAUAACUUUUAGAACUAGGAGGAAUGAAUGUUGUUGUGGUUGUUUAAUG